GGAGUGAGACUCGGGGAAAAUGGGGUGAGAAGAGCAAGCAAUGAGAAUCUUGAAUCGAUUGGAGAAUAAAGGUAUGAGAGGAUGUAAGUGAGAGAGAGAGAGAUCUUAGAGAGUGAAGUUGAUACUUUGUAGGGAUGGAGUCAGAAAAUCCGAUCCCCCCACCCACCGGAGUAAAUGCUCUAUUUAUAGGACACAUUGCGGUGGGUGCACAUUUAAUGUGACAUGACUGCUACAUGUGUCAGACGUUUAGGUCAUGCUUUAGGCCAUAAUUAUACCUAGGACUAGGAUGUGACAGUUCCUUUGGAGGACACGCUCCAUGUAUUGCGCGAGCGUGUCCUCUUUAGCGUCGAAGUCAUUGGCCACCGUCAUUCCUGCCAAGAUGGCCUCGUACUCGGCUGCAUUGUUUGUUUUCAACGCUCUGAAUCAUAUUGCUAUUUCGUGGACGACGCUUGUCAGGGUGCACACGACGACUCCCGCCCCGGCUGCAUGUUUGUUUGCCGCGCCGUCCACGUAUACCUCCCAUACUCCUUCUGGUGUUGUAUCGAGAGUGACUCCUUUGGCGAUGAAAUCUGCCAGUAUCUGCGCUUUUAUUGCUGGUCUUGGAGCGUAUUGGAUGUCGAACUCUGACAACUCGACCGCCCAUUUAACCAUUCUCCCUGACACUUCCAUUGAGGUCAAGAUCUUCUUUAGCUGAAGGUUGGCCAGGACGGUGAUCGAAUGUGCUUGGAAAUAGGGGCGUAAUUUUUGCGACGCGCUCACUAGUGCCAGAGCGGCCUUCUCUAUCGGGAAUACCUUGUUUCCGCGCUAACCAGAGUUCGCGAUGUGUAAUACACGGGCCGCUAAGUC